CACUGGCUCUCAAAGCGGAAGUUUGGAGCGAGUGUGGAUAACGGGAGUCACAGAGGGAAUUGCUCUUCCUCUUUCUUCGCCAUUCAGCCUGUCGUCACUGUGAAUUAACUAAAGCCAUCGACUUCAGAGAUGGGAGAUGCCCAGUAACGUCCUCAGUUUGGCUCCAGUCUUCAACUCUCUGCCACCAUGAUGGCGAGCCGCUCGACUUCGCUGCCGGAGGUUUCGCCAAAUCAGCCUCUCUCUUCUCACGUGGGAUGUCGGACCGGCCAGGACUCUGAACCGCUGAGUGUGUUGGACUUCGCUGCUGAGCCCCCUCUGCCGGGCAAAACCAUGGCGGACUGCAGCGCGCCGUCUACUGGCCAGCCCCAGUAUUACAUGCAGGUGUCGACCAAGCUGGACGGUCAGCUGCUGUCGCCGGUAGUGGAGGCGUUCUCCAAACAAUGCGCCCUCACAGAGCGACCCAUGUGUCGCAUCUGCCAUGACAGCGGGGCCCAGGAGGAGCUUCUGUCUCCCUGUGAAUGUGCCGGGACCCUGGCCACCAUCCACCGGAGCUGCCUGGAGCACUGGCUCUCCGCCUCAGGAACCAGCUUCUGCGAGCUCUGCCACUACCAGUUCAACGUCCAGAGGAAGUCCAGGCCGCUGCUGGAGUGGAUGCAGAACCCGGGUCUUCGUCAGGAGAAGCGCACCCUGUUUGGAGACAUGGUUUGUUUCCUGCUCAUCACCCCCCUGGCCACCAUCUCUGGUUGGCUUUGCCUUCGUGGUGCCGUGGAUCACCUCCAUUUCUCCAGUCGCCUGGAGGCUGUAGGGCUCAUCGCACUCACUGUCGCCCUCUUCACCAUUUACCUCUUCUGGACCCUGGUGUCUCUCAGGUAUCACUGCCGUCUGUACAACGAGUGGCGACAGACCAAUCAGAGAGUUGUUCUCCUCCUUCCCAAGUUGCAUUGUGAGCCGUCGGCACCGCCCCCUUUACAAGGCCCGCAGCGAGAAAAGCGGCCAUCCAAAGAAACGAUAGUCUGACCAGCCAGCCAGAAACUCUCUGCAUUGCACUUUAAAGCGUUGGCUCUGAGAUGCUUUGCCAGAUUUGAUAUCACAGAUGGACGCAGAUACUUUGGGUCUUUGUCGCGCCUAAAGACUCAUCCUCCUCAAAGUUCAUUGUGAAUAAUGGAGGUCCCUCAUCCUCCAGACUGAAAGAUACUGCCAAGCGGAGAAGGUCUUGGAUCCUCGUCCUGGAUGGACUGCAGUGUUUUGGUGGACCAAACCAGGCUAAACUCUCGUCACUGUGAUUGUAACCCGUGACUGCCAUAGUGAGAGACGUGCAUUAGGUUCUUCAUUUGAAGUCCCUAUUACAUGUUCACACACCAUUAAACCAACUGCCUCUAGUAUAACUUAAAGGAGCACACCAGUGAUUUUGAUUUUUAUCAACAAAAUGUAUGUACUUCACCUCUCUGAUCAUCUUCUCCCAAAGCAACCAGUCGUAUUUUUCCUCCCUUUUCUCCAGCCACUGGUUUCCAUUAAUUCCACUUUAAUAUGAAAAUGAACUUUCAGAGAUUUCAUCCCGUAGAAAAGUCAUCCACAUUAAAGCAGCAGCACUGUUAAGGCUUGGCCCGAUAUCUGAUAAUAUGGAGUAUUACGAUAUUUGUAGCUACAUCCAUCAUUUUCUUCAACAUCAAACAAAUGUGCAUAGAUAAUCAUAGAUAAUAUUGAUUACAUUUGUAUGGCAAUUUUGCAAUUCAUGCAAGAAUGCAUGUUAAACAUUUAACUUGGGAAAUUUUAGAAGAAAUUUACGCUAAAUUAAAAUAAAUGGAAGUUUCAAAUUGUUUGGUUGAUGUCAAAAUCAAUGAUGAUGGAUAUUGUGAUAUAUUGAUGAGACAGUAUUGUCAAAUAGGCAUAGGUAAUUCUGAUUAGAAGAACGUUUGAUGAUUUGCAAAAUGUGGGUAAAUUGUCGUAAAUGUGCCAAACAUGCAGAAUCACUGGUGUGGUCGUUUAAGAGCGACUGCUGCGCUGUAGUCGCCUGCGUUGAACAAGAACAAGUGAUGAGUGAUGAAGGCGAGACGCGGGCCGCAGCGACGCAACACGACCGUUUGAUAUGAAGUGGCUCACUCGAUUUCACAUCACAACUGAUACUGGACUGGACUCUGCGUGGGUGUUUUUUUUGUGCCUCAGAUUAGGUCAAGCACAGCCUUAAGGUGCUGUCCUGGUAAAUGUUAAUGUACACUAACAGCACUGAUUUAAUGUAAUCGCAGUGAAUUUGAAUAAAGUAUGUUAACUAACUCCACGGACAGCUAUGGCACUAACGCUGAUUGAUAGGGACACAUAUCAACCAAAGGAUUUUUGUUUUUUUGAUUAUUUGAGACAAUUUGGCUUCAAUCUUGGUUUUGUGUGUGUCUGUGUAUGUAUGUGUGUGUGCAAAAACUGUAAUAUACAAUGUUUAUUACCGGUGAGAUGUUUCACAGUGUUUGUCAUUUAUGUAACUUUAUUUGCUUGUGUUUCAGACAAGGUUUUCCAGGCUAAAUGAUUCAUGGGGACCACAGACGAUGCUCAAAAAAAUUCAACAAAUUUAAUGUUUUCACGCUCCUGUCAUUUACACCAUGUAAAAAGCUCUGGAAGCCUACGGAAGCCUUAAUGCAUUCACUUAAAAAAAAAAAAAAAAAAAAAACACAACUAAACA